GGGCAGCCCCACAACUAGCGCUGUUAUCACUGCAAAGCAAUCACAGCUGUUGAACGAAGAUGUCGCGCAAGAAUGUUUUAAACUUAAUCAACACGAUCGUUGGUGGCUCAUGUAAGUGUCCCGCCCACUCGCAUAAUUAUGGAUCCACAGCGGCGGCCGCAAAGCAAACGGGAUUGAAAGAGUAUGCCUUCGAGAUGUCGGCAUCGACAGUGCGCUUUGGACCAGGUGUGAGUGCAGAGCUGGGUGCUGAUCUGUCCAACUGGGGGGCAAAGAAUGUUUGCCUGGUGACGGACAAGAAUGUGGCCAAGCUGCCAUCGGUGCGUGUUGCCCUCGAUUCGUUGGCCCGCCAUGGAAUCAACUAUCAGGUGUAUGACGAGACGCGUGUGGAGCCAACAGAUCAAAGUUUCUGGCAUGCUGCCCAGUUUGCGCGUCGCAAUCAGUUCGAUGCAUUCGUCGCCAUUGGCGGCGGCUCCGCCAUGGACACUGCGAAAGUAGCGAAUCUGUUCAGCAGCGAUCCAGCUGCAGAGUUGCUAGACUAUGUCAACGCUCCCAUUGGUAAGGCGAAGGAGAUUUCUGUUAAACUGAAGCCUCUUAUCGCUGUACCCACCACAUCUGGCACUGGAUCAGAGACCACUGGAGUGGCCAUAUUUGACUAUCAGCGUCUGCAUGCCAAGACAGGCAUUUCCAGCAAGCAUCUGAAGCCGACGCUAGCUAUCGUGGAUCCUCUGCAUACGCUCUCGCAGCCGGAACGUGUCAUGGCAUUUGCGGGUUUUGAUGUCUUCUGCCAUGCGCUGGAGAGCUUCACGGCUGUCGACUAUCGCGAGCGUGGUCCAGCUCCCUCCAACCCCAGUCUACGCCCAACGUACCAGGGCAGAAAUCCCAUUUCCGAUGUCUGGGCACGUUUUGCCCUCGACACCAUACGCAGCAAUUUCAUCGACGCCAUUUAUCAGCCCGACAAUCUGGCAGCCCGCUCUAGCAUGCAUCUGGCAUCCACCAUGGCGGGUGUAGGCUUUGGCAAUGCAGGUGUGCAUCUUUGCCACGGUCUCUCGUAUCCCAUCUCGGGGCAUGUGCGAAACUACAAGCCCAAGGGCUACUCUGACAGCCAUGCUCUGAUUCCACAUGGCCUCUCUGUGGUAAUAAGUGCUCCGGCUGUAUUUGAGUUUACAGCUGCUGCAUGCCCAGAGCGUCACCUCGAAGCUGCCCAGCUUUUGGGUGCUGACACCUCAGGCGUUAAGGCCGCUGAUGCCGGGCGUCUUUUGGCGGACACAAUGCGAGGUUAUAUGCAGCGUGCGGGCAUUGAAAAUGGCCUCCAGGAGCUGGGCUUUGGCAGUGGCGAUAUUCCAGCACUGGUUGAGGGAACGCUACCCCAAGAACGCAUUACGAAGAUGGCACCACGUGAACAAUCACGUGAAGAUUUGGCCAAACUCUUUGAGAAUUCAAUGCAAGUUUAUUAAACACUUACCCUCUUUUUUCUUUUUCGCUUAAGUUCUUUUUCACUGGGGAGCAAAUGUAAACUAACGGAUCUAUUUAGUGAAGUUGGCUGCAUUGAUUAAUUUCAGAGAUUAGUUAAUGUUCAGCUGGAACCAGUUCCACAGCGAGCAUAAAACUGAAGUGUCAAAUAAUUAGUGUUAAUCGACACAUAUGUAUAUUUCAAAAUGUAAUGUUAAUGUGAAUGUAAAUAAACCAAAACUUCAUUUGAAUAUCUUGUGAAGUGAUCCAUUUUUCUAUUAAAUUUCAAAGUUGACAGUUUAUUUGUUUUAUAAAAGAUAGAAAAUGUAAGUGUUAUAUCGAUGUGUACCCAAUAUACCGAAGACCAAGUCAUAAAUAAGUAUAUGUAAAUUUUUGUAUUUAACACAUAUGGAAUAUGUAUUUGUUGUACAUAUAUUAUAGAUACUAUAUCAUAUAAAGAUUAUGUUCAAUUUGGUUAAAAUAAUUUAUUGAUUUCGGAAAAUGUGUGUUCAAAGUCCAACAUUUACUUGAUUUGAUUGAAGGGAUAAUAUAAAAAAGACUUAACGUAGUUUAUUAAUAUGCUUUGCGUCAUCAUCAUAUCAUUCUUUGCCCAGAAUAGAAAUCAAAAAGCGAUAUUUUUAAGGGGUCUGACAGGUUCAGAUCGACAGUUACAGUUAAAGAUAGAGUUACAGUUACAGUUACACACAUCCACACUUUGCCCAACCGUUUCAAUAUGACUGAUUGCCAGUGGUAAAUAUUCUUUCAUAAAAAAUUAGUAUAUCUCGAUAUUAUUAAUUUCGGCAAAAUGGCACUUAAAUCCUCAAAUCGUCCGCUUUCAAAAUAAAAAGUUGGAAAACACAAAUCUAUUGAU